CUCUCUCGCAUCUCACCCUACCCUCUCGCGCACGCGUUCCCAUCCACGACCGCACUCCGAACUCACCUAGCUUACCCUACGCCCUCCCUCUCCCGCCAUGGUAUCCCAGAAGAAGCCCUCGGGUGCCAUGCGCAACUCCCGCGGCGGCGCCGUCGCAAAGAGAAAGACCAGAACCGAUCGCGAUGGUGACCUUGUCAUGGAUCCCACUGCGCGCACCCGCGCAGGUGGAGGUGUCUCAAAGGGCGGCAAAGCAGGCGCAUCCACCGGCCGCGACAAGACCAAAGGCGCGAGGGCCACUACCCGCGGCGCCGAUUUCGAAAAGAAGAUCAUCAGUCACAUCGGAGGAGCCCCAGUCCGCACACGACACGCACAGAGCAAAGGAUUAGAGGAACUCCGAGUCACUGGCCACAAGAAUAGCAAGGCUGCCUCCAACUCCGACGGCGGCAUGAGCUCGCUCAUAAUGUGGUUGGAGAAGAAGGCCACAAUGAAGUCCAAGAGACCGGUCAAGAUCAAGAAGUCCCGAUCCGAAGGAGAUGAGCUGAUAAUCUCAGUUCCUGGUGAAGACGUUGCUCAUGUGCUGAGACUCGAUGGCUACGUCUUUGCUGGAACGAACAUUAAGAUCGAGCGCGCCUCUGCUCAGGAUCUCAACCCGGCUGUGUCCAAAGAGACCACUAUCGCUAUGCUCAAGGGUGUUCUUGCCAGGCGCUACGAUGUUGAUUCCAAGCUGCUUGACCUCAGUGCCCUUGGUGUAGACCCUGACCUCAAGGCAGCCCAAAUCUUCGACAGCCGCACCACAACAAGCAAGUUCUUCCCGGCCCUUAUGAAGGUCCUGGAUCAGCAGUUCAAGUCGCCUGCAGAGAAGAACGAUGCCAUCAUCAGUGUCUCCCUCGCCAACAAUGAGCUCACAAGCGUCAGUGCUGUCACAACUCUCGCCCAGACACUCCCGCAAUUGAAGAACCUCGACCUGUCCAACAACGCCUUCAAAGAUCUGGCUGCUAUCGAAGCAUGGAGACGCAAGUUCCCAAAGCUCGACCACCUCAUCGUCUCUGGUAACCCUCUAGAGCAAGCUGAGCCCGAGUACGCCGUCAAGCUCUUGGCCUGGUACCCCAAGCUCCGUCUUCUCAACACUGUCCAAGUCCGCUCCGACCAGGAUGCCGAAAGCGGUCGUCGCGUGACGGACAUUCCUUUUCCGAUCAGGAGCCCCAACUUCCAAGAUGAAGGCCAAAUCGCCGAGAACUUCUUGCGCACCUUCUUCGCUGGCUACGAUGCAGACCGUGCUACCCUCGCCCAGCACUAUUACGAUGAGCAGUCCGAAUUCUCCCUUGCUGUCAACACUGCUGCCCCUCGCGACCCCUCAACGGCCCACGAGACUGCCCCUCAGGAAUGGGACCUCUACAUCAAGCGUAGUCGCAACCUGAAGAAGAUUACCCAGCUCCCUGCAAGACAGAGUCGUCUCUGCCGUGGCGCCCAGGCCAUCCAUGAAAGCUGGUCUUCCCUCCCCACCACCCGCCAUCCCGAUCUUGCCACUCAACCCCAAAAAUGGCUCAUCGAAUGUCAAUCACAGCCCGGUGUCCCUGACCCCACUGGCGCAUCUCCCGCCGGCGUCGACGGCUUCCUUGUCACUGUUCACGGCGAAUUCGACGAAAUCGAUGUCAGCACGGGUCAAGUUAAAAAGACUCGCUCCUUCGACCGCACCUUCAUCCUUGGGCCUGGAGGUCCCACUGGUGUCCGUGUUGUCAGCGAUAUGACGACCGUGCGCGCCUACGGAGGCUUUGCUGCCUUCGAGCCCGACCACAACGAAACUCAAGUCCCAACUGAGGCCGGCGUGCCCGUGCUCCCACAAGGGCUCACUCCCGAAAUCGCCGAACAAAUGCUCAUCGAGCUCCAGAAGCAAACCUCCAUGACCGUCCAGUACGCAAAGGACUGUCUCGAGCAGGUGCAGUGGGACUUUGACCGUGCUCUACAGGCCUUCGCCGCCGUCAGAGCCAAUCUGCCUGCCGACGCUUUUGUUCAGGUAGCUUAGGAAUAUUCAUCGGAUAUGGAUGAGGCGGAGGAUGUCGGCUUCGUGCUGAUUGUUUCAAGACCGACAAGUAACGAAAGCAGGAGCACGUCGCUGGCUGCUUUCCCUUUCCACUCAACACAACAAUGCAUUUCAUAACGGCGUUUUUCUUUUCUGGGCACGGGGUUUGAAGCAUUUUCAAAGGACAAAAAAACAACAACUUGGGGGAACAUGGAGGUUAUCGCGACGUCUCCGAUUUGCGAAGGCGCUUUGGGAGUCAUGGGUUUUGUUUCUUGCUCUUCUUCUUUUCUUCUUUUUCUUCUUUUUCUCCACUUCUCUUCUGAUCGGACGGCAAUAACAUACAUGGUCUCAUGGGAAAAGAGAGCCUGGCCUGUCUACACAAACCUCAUGAUGUCUAUGGUGGCAUUGAGUACAUAAAUCCCAAAGCAAAGAUACGAAGCAAUCGCUGCAACACACAUAUUCUCUGCUCAUACUCCA